UAUUGCUAACCACCGCGUCACGUGACGAGCUGGCCUCCGUCUGGUGGCUAUUGCUAACCACCGCGUCACGUGACGAGCUGGCCUGCGUCUGGUGGCUAUUGCUAACCACCGCGUCACGUGACGAGCUGGCCUCCGUCUGGUGGCUAUUGCUAACAGUUAAGAUCUCCCGCGAGGAGCAGCGCCGCUCUUUUCGGUACCAAUCCGCGUCGUCGCCCUCCCGUCCCGGUUCUACUCCGGUCCGCAACCAUGUCGGCGGUGCAGCGAAUGAAGGUGGCGAACGAACGGCACAGCAAAACCAUCACGCAGCGGGGACACGUCCAGAAAACCUCGCGGCCGGUCAACGAAGACAAGUCUCCGGUGGGUCCGUGGCUUCUGGCGCUCUUCGUCUUCGUGGUUUGUGGAUCAGGUGAGUCCAUUCAGACGUCAGCACUUCAAGUCCUCCACUUGAGCGUGUCAAUGUGUGUUGCAGCCAUCUUCCAGAUCAUCCAAAGUAUCAGACAGGGCAUGUGAUGACCCGGAGCUGACUCUGAUGUUCCCCGGACCUUGUUGACACAUACACACUGUUCUCGUUUAGUCAUUGUUUAGUUUGUUUUCAUUGUUGAUCAGAUAUUGAUGAUUGUUUUCUUUUUUUAAUUUUUUUUUUUACAUACACACACACACAAAGCAUGUGAACGACACAUAUCACAAUGCUUUGCUUUUUUGAUGUUCAAAGCGUGUUUGAAAUAAAGCUGAUAUAUUUCUCUA